CUUCCAUUCACCAUCAUCAUCAUCUUAUAAUGUCUGGUUCUUUCAAUCGUGGCACAAGGGAUACAUCUAGACAAACAGAUAGAAAUGCUCGUUCGUCCCCUUAUCUGAGACAUGAUUCAAGGGCCGAUCAAGAUAAAUGGAAGCAUGAUAAGUAUAAUCAACGAGAUGAAAGGCUUGGAAAUCGGAUAGAAAGUCGGGGUAAUUCUUCGUCAAUUGCUAAUACGCCUUCAGCUAAAUUGAUCGUUAAAGGCUUGCAUUAUGAGAUUGGUAAUGAUGAGUUAAUGGAAAUAUUUCAACGUAUUGGUCCUAUUGCUAAAGCUUCCGUUCGAUAUGAUCGUACCGGUCGUUCAGUCGGCGUUGCAACCGUUAUCUAUGCAGAUCAAAAAGAUGCAAUUCGUGCAAAACAAGAAUAUGAUGGUGCAAAUGCAAAGGGUCAUCCGCUCUCCAUCUCCUUUGAACCAAUGCGGGAAGAUAGAAUUGCUCAAUCUGGAUCAUCAGGUGGAAAAGGACUUCUGGAAAGACUACAAGGAGGUGGUAGUGAGCUUUCUGCCCGGAUUGGUGGUACGACUGGAUCGCAGAGAGGUGUUCCACCACCCAACGCACCAAAAGGUCCCGCCUCAGAAGCAUCAUCACACCCUCAACAAUCACGUCAGCGUGGUGGAAGAGGUGGAAGGGGGUUCUCACGAGGUGGCGGUCGUGGGGGAAGAAGAACGAAAGGGCCUGCUCCUACUUCUGAUAGUCUAGAUGCGGAACUCGAUGAUUUCAUGAAGAACACAUCGGGAUCAAAUGGAAGUAUGCAUGCACCACCCUCACAAGACGUUGAAAUGAAGUAGAACAGCAUUGUACUAUAUUUAUCCUAUUAUUCAGUGUAUCUUAACAUAUCUAUUUUACAUAACGACUCAAUUGUUCUGC